AUGAAGCCGCGAAUUUCUGAUGUUUUGCUGUUGGGCUUGUUUAGUACGUACUCCAUCAUCCCUCACACUGACAAGAGCUUCACCUCCAUUCUUCACCAACGCCAAGUGAAGGGACUCCAAAUUAUGACGAAAACCGGCGAUUGGGUUGGCGUCGAUCCCUCGCCGUCAGCUUUUGUUGUCAUGGCCGGCGACGCUUGUAUGGGAUUCACAAAUGGAAGAAUAGAGCCUUCAUAUCAUAGAGUGAUGAUUGAAGGGAGUGAAGAAAGGUAUUCACUUGGCUUGUUUACUUUUAUUAGGGAUGUGGAAAUACACGUGCCGGAAGAGCUAGUUGAUGAAGAUCAUCCUUUGCAAUUUAUGCCUUUUGACAACUACAAAUAUAUCCAUUUUUAUUACACCGAGGAAGGGAGGAGAUCAAAGUGUCCAAUUAGGGCUUAUUGUGGAAUGUGAGAUGCAAUUUCAUAUUUUAAUUAUGUUUACUAUCUAGUGUGGUUUGUACUUUGUAUGUUUAUUUAAACUUAUUUACAUCUCGUUUCGUACAUUUUAUGUUAAUUAAAACUUAUUUACCUCUCGUUAA